AUGUCGAAGAACAACUUGAACGGGUCCAGAAGUGUCUCAUCAAAUAGUUUCAAUAGUUUUUUAUCAGAUGGAGAAAUUAUAGAAAGUGGAUUGGAAGAUAUUUCUAUUAGCAACAAACAUAAUAACAGACCUUCGUCGACUUCGAAAGCUCAAAAAGCGAAAAGAAUUAGAUUCUAUCACAACGGCAACAAAUUUUUUAACGGGGUUGUUAUACCCGUAGCUCCUGAAAGGUACAGAUCAUUUGAUAGCCUGACAAAUGAGUUAACAAACAUUCUUACUAAAAGUGUUACAUUGCCAAACGGAGUUAGAAAUGUUUAUUCCAUGGAUGGUAAAAAGGUAUCCAGUAUAGACGAUCUUGAAGAUGGUAAGGAAUACGUUGUGUGCGGUAAAGGUGAACUAUUCAAAAAGAUCGAUUACACUAAAACAGACACUCUUAGGCCGAAACGUAUGUCCAACACUAGGUUUACCAUGCAUAACGUUUCUGUGGUACCGAAAAUUAUCGUACCCGAUUGCGUACGACCGAGGAUCGUUACUAUUAUUAGGAAUGGAAUUAAACCAAGAAAGAUUUUACGACUACUUCUCAAUAAGAGAAACUCUCCUAGCUUGGAUCACGUUUUGAGCGUGUUAUCGGAACAGGCUCAACUAGCCGUAAGAAAAGUGAUUACCUUAUCGGGUCAAUCUAUCAACGAUCUCUCUCAGUUUUUCGAAAACGACGAUGUUUUUUUUAUUUACGGAAACGAAAAGCCAUCCGUGAACGAUCUCGAACUGGAAUUUGAAGAAAGCAAAAUGAUUCAGUCGUAUAAGAAGACCACGAUACAUAGAAAUGGUGGGGGACCCAAGCCUAAAAUGCCCAAAAAGGAAUUUAACAGAACGUACGAGUCUGAAGAGAGCCUAUUAAAGAAAUUAAGUGAAGACAGUAAUUUACUUCUACCUCCUCCUCUAAAGAACAAAUAUACAGUAGGAAGAAAAGUUAUAGGAGAUGGAAAUUUUGCCGUAGUUAAAUUAUGUAGAGACAAUGAAACAAAUAAGGAAUAUGCUUUGAAAAUCAUAGAUAAAUCGAAGUGCAAAGGAAAAGAAGAUAUGAUAGAAAAUGAAGUUAAGAUACUCAGGAAAGUUAACCAUCAAAAUAUUAUGGCUUUAAUAGCGGAUUCGGAUACGAAAAAUAUUCUAUUUUUAGUUUGUGAAUACGUCUCAGGUGGCGACUUAUUCGACCAAAUAACAAUUGCUCAGAAAUACUCCGAGGAGCAAGCAGCCUUAAUGAUAAAUCACUUAGUCUCAGCCUUAGCCUAUUUACAUGGUAUGAAUAUAGUACAUCGGGAUGUUAAACCUGAAAAUUUGUUAGUUGAAUUACAUAAUAAUAGAAUUAAGCUAUUAAAAUUAGGCGAUUUUGGAUUAGCUUGUGAAGUAACGAGACCUUUAUAUACCGUUUGCGGUACCCCUACUUAUGUAGCUCCAGAAAUUUUGGCUGAAACUGGAUAUACACUUAAGAUCGAUGUUUGGGCUGCAGGAGUAAUCCUAUACAUUCUCCUUUGCGGCUACCCGCCCUUCGUUAGCCAAGAUAACGACCAAGAAAGACUAUUCGAUUGCAUCCUCUCCGGUCAGUACGAGUUCCCGGAAGAAUACUGGCAAGACGUUUCGUCAUCGGCGAAGGAACUCAUCCAGAACAUGCUCCAAUUGGAUCCCGAUUUGAGAUUUUCCGCAGAAGACGUGUUAGACCAUCCCUGGCUCCAACCUGCUAUUUGCUAG